AAAAAGUCCCUCGUUUUUUACUGUUUGGCUGGCCCUUUUCUCCUUUAUCAUCUGGCCGGCCCAAAUCAUCACCAGCGUCUUCCCCGUGAUUUCUCUUCCCUACCCGCAAUUGGCGAAGUCUCUGUCGGCUUCGUAGCAGAUUUCCUGUCGAAUCCUCCCCUUUUUCUCCCCUUCUUCCCCCUUUUCACUCUCCCACUUAGACCCAAUAAACACUUGCCACCUUCGCUUCCGUUCCGUGUUUCCCUCUCUCUCUCUCUCCCAUUCUCCCUCACGCACAAGCGACGCCAACCACGUCUCUUUUCAGUGCCGGAAGGCGGAGAUGAAUCAGGAGAUGACCGGGGUGGAGGCGGAGGCCCACGGGCGGCGAGACGGCGGCGGCGCCGUCCCGGCGGACAGCAUAGACUACGUGUUCAAGGUCGUGGUGAUUGGCGACUCGGCGGUGGGGAAGACUCAGCUGCUGGCCCGAUUCACCAAGAACGAGUUCUGCUUCGACUCCAAAUCCACAAUUGGGGUCGAGUUCCAGACCCGCACCGUCAGCAUAAAGGGCAAGGUCAUCAAGGCCCAGAUCUGGGACACCGCCGGCCAGGAAAGGUACCGGGCUGUGACGAGCGCAUACUACAGGGGAGCGCUGGGAGCGAUGCUGGUGUACGACAUCACGAAGCGGCCGACGUUCGACCACGUGGCGAGGUGGGUGGAGGAGCUCCGUGCGCACGCCGACAGCUCCAUCGUCAUCAUGCUCAUUGGCAACAAGGCCGACCUGGCCGCCGACCACCGCGCCGUCACGACGGAGGACGCCGUCGAGUUCGCCGAGGAGCAGGGGCUCUUCUUCUCCGAGGCCUCCGCAUUGAGCGGGGACAACGUGGACAAGGCCUUCUUCCGGGUGCUGGAGCACAUCUACGCCGCCGUGUCGAAGAAGUCGCUGGAUUCCUCCGCCGAUCCGGCCAAGGCCAACGGCGGGGCGCUGCAGGGGGAAAAGAUCGACGUGAUUUCGGGAGCGGAUAUGGAGAUCAGCGAGCUGAAGAAGUUGUCUUCCUGCUCUUCUUGUUGAUGAUCUUUUUUCUGUGAAGGAGUUGGUUUUUUGCCAUUUGCCAUGGUCAAAUUGUAAUCAAUGUUCCACAUCUGUGAUGUUUUUUUUUUAUUUGGAUUGUAUAUAAACCCUGUCCUGGACUUUUGGAAUAUUGCAAAUUAUCCCUCAAUUAAUUAUAGGAAUUAAAAUUCCCAAAACUAA